AUGGAGAUGAACGCAAAGACGAUGGAGAUAUUGUUCCCCAAUCUGCUAGACAAGUUCCAGGUAACAAAGACUAUAGGACUGGGUGGAUUCUCGAGGGUGCUUGAGGUGAUCCGUUUGAGAGAUGGGAAACACUUUGCGUGCAAGACGAACAGCAUGAUGGGUGACGAUAAGCUCAUACUGCAAGAGCUCAAGAUCAUGGCCCAACUGAGGCACGACCCAGGCGUGGUUCGUCUCAUCGGCAUUGUGUGUGACUUGGGUUUCUGCCAUAUCAUAAUGGAGCUGUGCGAAGGAACACUCCUCUUGUGGCGGAUUUUGGCCUCUCCUGGUAAAAGGGGCAGGAAAAGGGGGCUUAAGGAAUCUUGUGAUAUUUGGGCAUUGGGCGUGACUUUGUACGAGAUGCUCACAGGAAAGAUUGCAUAUGAGGAGCUUCAAACACCACAGGUUCUCCUUAUUCUCUUCGACUGGUCGAGGGUUCCAGUGUUAGCCAAGGAUUUGAUGCUGGGGAUGCUAAAUCUGGACAAGAAAAAAAGAUUGACGGCAGCCCAGAUCUUGGAACAUCCAUGGAUCAAGCGAAUCACUCAAAAUUACAAUAGGCCAGCCCCAGAAACAAAGGUGGAAGUCGAAGCAAAACAAGAUGUGAGAACUGAGUUGAUAAUGGGAGGACAAGCUUCCAUGCCAAUGUACUAA